CGACGCCGCGACGCACCUCCCACCGCGGCGUGUGACGUCAUCGCGCCGACGGGCGGAGCCGCUUUAAAGGGACCACGAGCGGCCGCGGCGGCGGUGACCGCGAAGGGGCGGUUCCGGCGAGGGCCGUCUGCGGCCAUGGGGCAGAGUGAGUCGGAGCCGCCCGAGGAGGCCGAGGACGCCUCGCUGACGGCCGUGCUGCCCAAGCUCUUCGCCGAGGAGCAGCUCCCCACCGGCGCGGUGCUGUGGGCGCUCCUCGGUCUCCUCCUCUUCGCCGCCAUCGUCGCCGCCGCCAUGGUGGUCGUGGUGCGCCGCCUGCGCCUCAAGCGGCUCCCCGUCCAGGGGACACCCAAAUACCGCUUCCGCAAGAGGGACAAAGUCCUCUUCUACGGCCGCAAGAUCAUGCGCAAGGUGUCGCAGUCCACGUCGUCGCUGGUGGACACCACUCUCUCCAACGCUUCGCGCCCGCGGAUGAAGAAGAAACUGAAGAUGCUCAACAUCGCCAAGAAGUUCCUCCGGAUCCCGAAGGAGGUCCCGACGCUGCAGCUGAAGGAGCCGCCGCCGUCGGUGCUGGAGGCCGAUCUGACCGAGUUCGACGUGGCCAAUUCCCAUCUGCCCUCCGAGGUCCUCUACAUGCUCAAAAACGUCCGGGUUCUGGGUCACUUUGAGAAGCCGCUCUUCCUGGAGCUCUGUAAGCACAUGGUUUUCCAGCAGUGCCAGCAGGGAGAGUACGUGUUCCGCCCCGGACAGCCCGACAGCAGCAUCAUCGUCCUCCAGGACGGCAAACUCGAGCUGCUGCUCACCGAGCCCGAUGGGAAGGAGACGGUGAUGAAGGAGGUGUUCCCCGGAGACAGCGUCCACAGUCUCCUCAGCAUCCUCGACGUCAUCACGGGCCACCAGCGCCCCUACCGGACGGUGUGUGCCCGGGCGGCGGAGGACUCCACCGUGCUCCGUCUGCCGGUUGAAGCCUUCUCGGCUGUCUUCGAGAAGUAUCCGGAGAGCUUAGUACGCGUCGUGCAGAUCAUCAUGGUGCGCCUCCAACGCGUCACCUUCUUGGCUUUGCACAACUAUCUGGGCUUAACCAACGAGCUCUUCAGCCACGAUAUGCCACCGCUGCGGCUCUUCCCCCAGAGCGGCCAUACCGCUCGCACCAGCCCCGUCCGUCACGGCAAACGCGGCUUCGGCGGCGCCGACGACGGGCGGGAAUCGGCCGAAUCGCUGAAGGUUGGAGGUCUGGAGACUCCUCCACCACCACCACCACCACCCCCUCUGCUGAGCCGCUGUAUCUCCAUGCCGGUGGACAUCUCCGGCAUCCAGAAAGGUCCACGCUCCGACUUCGACAUGGCCUACGAGCGCGGGCGCAUCUCGGUGUCGCUGCAGGAGGACGGCAGCAGCCCCUUGGCCGCCUUCUCCAGGUCCAUCUCCCAUGAGCCCAAGGAGCGCAAAUCGGUGACGGUGGAGGAACAGCCGUCCGGGGUCUACAACUACAGCGAGGACGACGCGGCCGGUGGGACGUGGCCCUUCGGGCCCUUCCAGGGCCGCCAGAGCAGCAGCAUCUUCGAGGCCGCCAAGCAGGAGCUCCUCAAGCUCAUGAAGGUGGAGGACCCUUCUCUCCUCAACAACCGCGUCUUGCUCCAUCACGCCAAGGCCGGGACGGUCAUCGCCCGGCAGGGGGACCAGGACGUGAGCCUCCACUUCGUGCUGUGGGGUUGUCUUCACGUCUACCAACGGAUGAUCGACAAAGCGGAGGACGUCUGCCUCUUCUUGACCCAACCUGGCGAGAUGGUGGGACAAUUGGCCGUCCUCACCGGAGAACCCCUCAUCUUCACCAUCAAAGCCAACCGCGACUGCACUUUCCUCAAGAUCUCCAAAUCGGACUUCUAUGAGAUCAUGCGGGAGCAGCCCAGCGUGGUGCUGAGCGUGGCCCACACGGUGGCCGACCGGAUGUCCCCCUUCGUGCGCCAGAUGGACUUUGCCAUCGAUUGGAUGGCGGUGGAGGCCGGGCGGGCGCUCUACAGGCAGGGCGGGACAUCGGACUGCACCUACAUCGUCCUCAACGGGCGCCUCCGUUCCGUCAUCCAGAAGGGAAGCGGCAAAAAGGAGCUCAUCGGGGAGUACGGCCGAGGGGACCUCAUCGGCGUGGUGGAAGCCCUCACCAGGCAGCCACGGGCCACCACCGUCCACGCCGUCCGCGACACCGAAUUGGCCAAACUGCCUGAGGGCACCUUGAAUAACAUCAAGCGUAGAUACCCGCAGGUGGUCACCCGCCUCAUCCACCUCCUGAGCCAGAAGAUCUUGGGGAACCUUCAGCAGCUCCGUGGACCCUUUGCGAGCUCAGGGUUGGGCGUGGCCUCCAGCUCGGAGCACACCAACCCCACCACCAACCUGGCCACGGUGGCCGUGCUGCCCGUGGGCGACGACGUCCCCACCGCCGCCUUCACGCUGGAGCUCAAACACGCGCUCAACGCCAUCGGUCCCACGUUGCUCCUCACCAGCGACAUCAUCCGUUCCCGUCUCGGCUCCUCAGCGCUGGACAGCAUCCAGGAGUACCGCCUCUCGGGUUGGUUGGCCCAGCAGGAGGACCUCCACCGCAUUGUCCUCUACCAGACGGACCCCACCUUGACGCCGUGGACGCUGCGCUGCAUCCGCCAGGCCGACUGCAUCCUCAUCGUUGGUUUGGGCGACCAAGAGCCGGCGUUGGGCGAGCUGGAACGGAUGCUGGAGAACACGGCGGUGCGUGCGCUGAAGCAGUUGGUCCUCCUUCACCGCGAGGACGGUCCCGGUCCUUCGCGCACCGUCGAGUGGCUCAACAUGCGCAGUUGGUGCUCGGGUCACCUCCACAUCAAAUGUCCUCGACGCGUCUUCUCCCGACGCAGCUCCACCAAGUUGAGGGAGAUCUACGAGAAGGUCUUUGAGAGGAACGUCGACCGCCACAGCGACUUCUCGCGCUUGGCCAGAGUCCUGACGGGGAACACCAUCGCCCUCGUCCUGGGAGGCGGUGGGGCGAGGGGUUGUUCGCACAUCGGGGUGAUCAAAGGCCUGGAGGAGGCCGGGAUCCCCAUCGACGUGGUGGGCGGUACCUCCAUCGGCGCCUUCAUCGGAGCGCUCUACGCCGAGGAGCGCAGCGCCGUCCGCACCAAACAGCGCGCGCGGGAGUGGGCCAAGUGCAUGAACUCGGUGUUCGAGACCGUCCUGGACCUCACCUACCCCAUCACCUCCAUGUUCUCGGGCUCCGCCUUCAACGCCAGCAUCCACAAGGUUUUCCAGGACAAGCAGAUCGAGGACCUCUGGUUGCCCUACUUCAACGUCACCACCGACAUCACGGCCUCGGCCAUGCGGGUGCACACGGACGGAAGCCUCUGGCGCUACGUCCGAGCCAGCGCCUCCUACACCCCCUACCUCCCACCGCUCUGUGACCCCAAGGACAGCCACUGCCUGGUGGACGGCUGCUAUGUUAACAAUGUCCCAGGGUCGCUCUGGCGCUACGUGCGAGCCAGCAUGACCCUCUCGGGGUACCUCCCACCCCUCUGCGACCCCAAGGAUGGCAACUUACUGAUGGACGGGGGUUACAUCAACAACCUGCCAGCGGACAUCGCUCGCAAUAUGGGCGCCAAGACGGUCAUCGCCAUCGACGUGGGCAGCCAGGACGAGACGGACCUCUGCAACUACGGGGACAGCCUGUCGGGCUGGUGGCUCCUCUGGAAACGGCUCAACCCGUGGGCUGAGAAAGUCAAGGUGCCCAACAUGGCGGAGAUCCAGUCCCGCUUGGCCUACGUGUCCUGCGUGCGGCAGCUGGAGGUGGUGAAGUCCAGUUCCUACUGCGAGUACAUCCGACCGCCCAUCGACCGCUUCAAGACCAUGGACUUCGGCAAAUUCGAUGAGAUCUACGACGUGGGCUACCAAUACGGCAAAGUGGUCUUCGAUGGCUGGAGCCGCGGUGGCAUCAUUGAGAAGAUGGUGAAGGACCGGCGUUCGGCUGACUUCUACGAGAGCAAACGCAUGGACAAGAGUCCGACUACCUCACCGAGUACGAGGACGAGGGGCCGGAGCCACCGCGGGCGGAGGAGGACACCUUCGCCCCCGCCGAGUGGGCCACCGCCGGUGCCUUGGAGGCUGAGGAGGAGAAGACCCUUCGCCACCGCCCCUCUGCGCCCCAAAGCUGAGCCUCAACGCUCCUCUUCGGAGCCCAAAGAAGAAGAAGAGGAGGAAUUGGGGACGGACGGACGGACGCACGGUGUCACCUCCCAAAGUGUCACCUCCGCCGUCUCCAUCGCACUUUCCCACCGCUCCCACCUCGUCCCCAAAGUGGGGGGACACAAGGGGGGUCCCCAUUGUCCCCCUCCUGCACUGCUGCUCUGUCCCAGUGUCCCCCCGGGACCGCGCGGAGGGGACGGCGACCGCCGUUCCGUUGUCUCCAUCUUUUUAUGGGAAUGAUUAAUGAUGACUUAAACC